GCUCCAGACUUCACUUCGAAACCAGCUCCGUCAACUUGCAUGCUGGUCGCAAGCAUACCCAAUAGUCAAAACUCAGGGCGGCGAUCUUCUAUAAACCAUUUACCUCUCUUAUAACCUGUGACAGCAGCUCGUCUCGCACCUGACGCUCGACGCCUCCGUCAUUUAGAUACACUCCCCUGCCUUCACAUCAUGCCCGACGUCAAGCGAACUGUAAAGCUCGUCACCCACCAAGAAAUCAUAGAUGAGGACUCAGGUCAAGAAGGUUUCCCCAUGAGGAAAUGGCAUAUCGAGAUUUACCUCAUAGAUGAAAACGGUGCGGACGUCACGGCCAACAUCUUUGAGAAAGUCAUCUACAGACUUCACCCUACCUUCCCGAAGCCCAACCAGACAUUCAAGAAGCAUCCUUUCCGUAUCGAAGAGAAGGGAUGGGGUGAGUUCGAUAUGCAAAUCGAGCUGCACUUAGCUCAUAAAGGUGGCAUCCAUACUUUGGACCAUGAUCUCAAUUUCCAGUCUGAGCAAUACAUCGCCAAGCAUGACAUUACGAUCAAGAACCCCAAGGCUGAGCUCCUGGCUCUACUUCAAGAGUCCGGAUCGACCGGCGUGAAUGGCGCUCGUGGAGGCAAGCGCGACGAUGCGACCAAGAAGCGCUCAAGCAGAAAGGACAAGAUGGUCGACAUGGAGAAGCUUGCCGAUGGCCUUCAACGUCUCGGUGAGGAAGAUUUACUCCAGGUCGUGCAAAUGAUCCACGACAACAAGACGUCGGACACCUACACCAAGAAUGACGUCGACAAGGGUGAAUUCCACGUCGAUCUCUACACCCUCCCCGACCCUCUCGUAAAGAGCCUGUGGGACUUCACACAAGCCAAGACUGAUCUGUGAGCGUGUCUAGCCUCACUCACGAUCUCACGAAAACAGGCAAUCUCCUUUCUCUUGGGAUGUAAUAUACUGAUGAUAUGACGAAGGAUCUACGUGAUCGAAGCGAUUGGAGAGUGCGUUCGCCGGCACGAGUGCAAAGACGGCUUAUCUUGAUAUGCAUGAGUUAGGGCUCGAGACUUGGUGCGUGAUAUCGACUCAGCGCUGCGAUCGGCGUGUGGCCGCUUAUAGGCAGCGCGACGAAACAUUACCGCCACGCUGUGGGUAUGUCCCUAGUCUUCUAGGCAUCAGACAGCGCAGGAGUUUGGCGGAUAAAUUGAUCAUUUGUUCACACAUAUCCGUCGUGCACCUUGGAAUAUGUGCUUUGCUACACGUUGCUCCCCAUGCGUAUCUCCCUUGACUUUUUGGCAUUCUCUCCGCUGGCUUUCUCUGACUGAAACUGAAAGUGAAACUGAAACAAG